GGGUCCACUGAUAGCGACUACAUGCUGCUCGAGCGUUGGUUAAAAGUGCGCGACCUCAGGCUUAUCUUUAUUCGAAUCCGUUUCCCUCAACCACAGCAUGGACGCGCACAGUCAUGAUACCGAGAAGAAGAUCGAUAGCUUUGAGGCUAAUAAGGAUUUCGACCCCGUUUUAGUGGACCCUGCCGAGGAGUUGAGCUUGCAUCGUGGUUUGAAAGCGAGACAGAUAUCUAUGAUAACGCUGGGAGGCUCGCUGGGCACAGGUCUCAUCAUCGGUUCAGGUACUGCUCUCGUCAGAGGAGGUCCACUAGGUCUCUGGUUUGGGUACUCCUUCAUGGGCUUAGUCUGUUACUUCGUCAUGAUCUCUCUAGGCGAAAUGGGUGCAUAUCUCCCUCAUAAGAAAGGUUUUGCAGGAUAUGCGACUCGAUAUGUUGAUCCUGCCUUCGGCUUCGCUCUUGGAUGGAAUUAUGUGUUCAAGUACUUCAUUCAAACUACGAACAAUGUUAAUGCGGCGGGUGCUGUGGUGCAGUAUUGGACCUUAAGUGUACCUAUUGAAGUUUGGAUGGUGAUCUACAUUGCGCUGAUCUUCCUCAUCAACUUAAUGGGCAUUCGCAUCUUUGGCGAAGUCGAAUUCUGGUUCUGCAGCAUCAAAGUCGUCGCUUUAGUUGGUCUUAUCUUGAUGGGACUCAUUAUCGACCUCGGUGGCAAUCCCCAACACGAUCGUAUUGGCUUCAGAUACUGGAGAGCACCCUACGGACCCCUUCGUGAAUAUCUUCUUGCUGAAGUACACGACUCUCGUGUUGCUCAGUUUCUUGGCUUCUGGAGCAACCUUACUACAGCUUUGUUUUCGUACAUCGGCACAGAGCUGAUUGGCGUGACCGUAGGCGAAACUGAAAAUCCAAGGAGAAAUGUGCCAAGAGCUAUUCGUAGGGUGUUCUUUCGUAUUUUGGUGUUCUAUGUAGGGGGUACGUUCGUCAUUGGCUUGACGAUACCGAGUAAUAGCAGUGCACUGUUUGUGGCUAGUACAUCUCCAGCUGGUGCUGCUGCAUCGCCAUUUGUCGUAGUGACAACCAUUGCUGGCAUAAAAGUCUUGAACCAUAUCAUCAAUGCCGUGGUGUUAAUCUUUGUACUUAGUGCAUCAAACUCAGACCUCUAUAUCGGCUCCAGAACGCUCUAUGGCCUCGCUGUGGAACGCAAGGCACCUCGUAUAUUUGCGAAGGUUAACCGCGCUGGGGUUCCUUGGCCCUCGCUCAUUCUGAACACUUUAGUCUGCUUCUUGACAUUCCUUAAUGCGACUUCGUCGAGUUCUGUCGCGUUCGGCUGGUUCGCAAGCCUUAUUGCGAGCUUUGGCGCUAUUACGUGGAUGUGUAUAUCUUAUACCCACAUCGCCUUCAUGCGUGCGUUGAAAGCUCAAGGAAUAGAUCGAAACACUCUUCCUUACAAGGCACCCUUCCAACCAUAUGCUUCGUGGUUUGCCUUGAUUUUCACAGGCAUCGUGCUUUUUUUCAAUGGUUUCAGCGCUUUUCUUCCCUUUGUAUCGUCAUCAUUUAUCACAUCUUACAUCCCUAUCCCUAUUUUUUUCUCGCUAUGGGGCGGAUACAAGAUUUACUACCGCACUUUGACAAUCCCCGCAAGCGAAGCCGAUCUUAUUACCGGAAAACGUGAAAUUGAUGAAGAAGAAGCACGAUUUCUUGCUCGGGAAAAGCUCCAAGGUCCACGUUCUGGAAUACAAAGAAUUUGGGAUGCGCUUUGAAUAGUCUACCACUGAAACAUUAUUUACACCUCAAGGCCCCAAAUUAAUUCACAUUUGGUUAUCACGAGCCACGUAUUUGCUCUGGUUUUAAUUGUGUGCGAGAUAAGAUAACCUACUUUUGAACGUUAAGGUUC